AUGUCUAACCUUGACGCUGAUUUGGAUGAUAUAGUCAGAUCAUACCUAUCUACACAUGACAUAUAUAAACAAAAUUCAUAUCGCAAUAGUAUACUUCUAUCAGCAAAUAGAUCAGGAACAACAAAUUUUAUCAAAAUUCUCAAUAAUAUAUACGAAGAGGGAGAUGACCCAGUAGAUCGCAAAAAUGUAUUAAAUCUAUUAUAUGAAGUUGUAUCAAGAACAGAACAACUUUUCGACACAAAAGCUGUUUUAGAAUUGUUAUUGAAAUUCCUAAAAUUAACAAUAUGUGUUCAAUUAUCACUGUCUACAAUGAGAGCAAUGAUCGAGAGACAUUCAAAUUCCGAACCAACAUUUUAUGAAAAUGUACAAGAAUUCCAUGAAGUAGUAUCGCAUAAAAAGAUUUCAGAGUAUCCACAAAAGUGUAGAAUGGAUUAUUUGUACAUUUCGGAUUAUCUGGUAGACCUGUUCAUUUCAAAGAAGAUAGAUAAAAUAAACCUCAAACUCAUCUGUGAUGAGGUGUCUGGAGAAAGAGAUCCAAGAAACAUACUUGUGAUGUUCAAUUUGAUAUCGAAAUUAGCAAGUGUAGCCGGAACGGAUGAGGAUUUCGAGUACAUUUCAAGGACAAUUUCAGUUUAUUAUCCAAUUCAGUUUGAACCGCCUGAAAAUGACACCAUCAAAAUAACUCCAUUACAGUUAAAGAAAUCACUCCUCUCAUGUUUCAUGUCGUCUCAUAAGCUGGGACCAUAUUCAAUGGAGAUUUUAAUGGACUCAUUAUACUCAGAAUUUAGCCUGAGUCUUAAUUAUACAUCAGUGAUCUCAGACACUCUGUAUUUUCUUACAGCUUGUAAACCAGUUUAUCAAGACUGUUUUAAUAAUUUUGUAGGCCAAUUGAUACAAAUCAUGAAAAUUGAACUUUUAGAUAAUAAAUUAUUAGAACCGACUGGACCAAGUGAUAUUCCCAGUGAGUUGUACGAAUGUGAAGAAUUGGAUCAAUUGAAUUUAUCGAAAGUGAAGGAGAUAGGAUCAAAAUAUUAUAGAACUUGGAAUUUUGUAGAUGAAAAAGUAAAAUUAUUUGGUGAAAUAAUGAGAUUAUUCGUAGAAACUAUACAUGAAGCGAAUGAUUUGAUUGACGAAUUCCUUAAACUGAUAGCUGGAAAUUUGUACUCGAAUAACUCUGUAGGAUAUUUGGUGGAUAUUAUGUGUGAGAAUCCGAAAGUGCAUAAUAAAGUCAUAGAAUUCAUAAUUGUUCCAGUGCUCAAGAAUAUUAAUGGAGCUGAAACUUGUGAUGUUAAUGAUGUACUGAAUAUUUUGGUCAUGUUUAUUAUGCCCAAGAUACUCAUUAACUGUGAAUCACAAAUAUCUAAUUCCAAGUUAAUAGAGUCUCUAUUAUGCUUAGUUGAUCCAGAAAUUAAGUCAAAAGAUAAAUUGGAUUAUGAAUUGGAUACACAAAGAAAUGUACAAUAUUUAAAGCUUUUAGCACUGUCCUCAUGUAUCAUAGAUGAUAAAAUUGUAGAAAAACUGGUUCCAUUUCUACUAGAUAAGAUCUUUCCUUCCCAAUACAAUAUUGAUUUGACGGAUCAGGAAUUUGAUAAAUCACCCACUAAGGAUGAGGAAUUGUAUUUUUUGGAAUGCUUAAUAUGUUUAUAUAAAUGCCAUAAUAAGAAGAAUGUUAAAAUUUUAAGGUCCCUAAACUCUAUUUGUUCUAAAGUUACCGAGAGUUAUGAUUUUCAUAAAUCUUUGUCAAGAAUGUCAUAUAUUAAUAGAAAUGGAAGACAAAUUAACAUAUUAAAUAAAAUGUGUGGACUUUUCAAAUCAGUUUUGGAACAAACAGGAGAGGAUUCUUUGGACCAAGUAUCACAAGAUUCUUUAGAACAAGUAUCACAUUCUUUGGAAAAUACUUCAGACAAUUUAUUGUUCCAGUUAGUUGUAAAGAUUUUAAUUAUAUUAUUCAAGUCAUUGAAAUGUUUGAUUGGGUUUAAAAUGGUAUUGGACUCAGUAAAUGAAGAGGACGUGAGUGAUAUGUUCAUUUCAUACUCAAGUUUGAUCCCAUGUGCAUUUGAAAAUGGUUGUAGAGAACUGGUGUUAAAACUAUAUACUAAAGAACAAUUAUUAAAAGAUCUUAAAAACCUAAUUCUCCUGUAUAAAGACUCAUUUUAUAAUGAUGAGAAGAAUAUUAUUCGGGUUAUAUUCUUAACGUCAAGUGUUCCAAGGAUUAUAAAAUACCUUAAUGAAGCUGUGGAAUCAGAUUUCAAAUUUCUAAACACAGAUUUCACAUUUUUAAAUACAGAUUUUAGGUUCCUUAAUGUUUAUUUGAAUAAAUAUAAAGAAGAUCUAAAAAUACAAUUGAAUUGUGGAAAUGAGUUGUUUUCAAGUGGAUUGGAGCUAAUGAAUUUAGAGUCGGACUUGAUCUGUGGAGGAUACUUUAAAGACUUUGAAAAGUUAAGAUCGUUUUCCUAUUUCAACGGGUCACUGCUGGUAAAAUAUGGUUUGAAUAGGUACAAAUUUGAUCUUGCGGAUUUAAUAAGUAAGAUCAAAUUACUUGAAAAUUAUAGAGUUAAGAACCUUGAAUAUGAAGAUUUGUUCCUAUUAAUCGUGCCAAUAUCAAUAAACAGAGUUAAACCGAUAAUUAAAUACCAACUAAUUGAUAUUAGGAAAACAUACCAAGAUGAAGUAAGUGGAUCUGAUGAAAAAUUAUUGGAAUUCUUGAAGAAUAAGAUAAAGGAAGAUACUAAUUUGGUACCAAAUUAUCAGGAAAACUUGAGUGACAUUUCAAAAAUUGAACUAUAUAUAGUAUUAAUAUCAAUAAUGCUAAAUAAAGGCGAGAAUAUUGAAGUUGAAUCCAUUAAUAUGAUAAUCGAGGGUAUUAACGAAAUUUUAUCAAUGUUUAAAGAAAUUAAAUCUAAUAAUGGAGAACAAAAUAGUUUGGAAUGGGAACUAACAAGAGAAUAUGUACAUUGGUGUUUUGACAAGUAUUUAAUGUGCCUACAGCAGUUACUCUAUGGAGUUGUAUCAAGAGAUUCAGUUAAAGAAAGACAUGAAUAUUUUGGACAAGAUUUUGAUAAUGUAUUGGAGGAAUUGAUCAAUGUGUAUGAAAUCAAUCAGGUCCCGUUCAGUAGAAUUUUAACAAUUUUGAUAACAAACUCAGUGAUGAAAAUUAGUGGAUUGGAAAUUUAUACAAAACAAAAGGUGAGAACACUUGAUAAUAUUAUUAAUUUAGUUAAUUAA